AUGAAUGGGAAGUCUGCAAACGGGGCGCUGGGGGGCAUGGCCUGCAUUGAGGGUCUGCCGCCUCUGCCCAAGAGCCUGAGCGGGCUGCUGAACUCCAGCGGCGGCUCCUGGAGGGACAUGGAGCGGAUGUAUGUGAAGAAGACUAUGAUCCAGGACGAUCUGAGCCGCGGGAGGAACACGGAGAGUCUGCUCACGCACAAACCGGCCAACCUGGAUGCAGCGCUGGCUCUGCUGCGGAAAGAGAUGGUGGGCUUGCGUCAGCAGGACAUGUCUCUCCUGUGCCAGCUCUGGUCUCUGCACGAGUCCAUCCAGGAGUACAAGGGCAGCUGCCAGGACCUGAGCGCCGCCUCCAGCCUCAGUAUGAUCGAGAACGGCUUCUUCGACGAGGACGACGAGUUCUACCCCGAGUCCGGAGCCACGCCCACCGGGGAGCAGCCGGACGGGGGGGUGCUCGGAGCCACGGCCACAGACAAAAACGGUAGCAUCAGCAAAGACGACAGCUGGGACUCUUUCAACGUCACCAUCUGA